AAUUAACAUUUAACCAAGAAGAAAAACAGUGGACAGAGAUGUUAGUGGAUUUUUAGUGUCACAAACAGCACUGAUUGAUGAAACACAUAUUCCUGCUUUUAUGGAAAUGGGGAUAGUCAAAUACAGUCAUCAUAUGGUGAUGAAAAAGCAAAAGAUGGUGUUCUCCUGGUUUUUCAGACGUUGUAAUUUGCAUUAGACAAUGCAGAGGAUGGCCGACUUUACAGAUGGAUUCCACGUCACUUAUAGUUCCCAAAAGAAUAAUAAUACACGGGAUGAAGUAAUGAAACAAAAUAAUGAGAUAAAUUUGAGUUGGCAUGACACUUCAACAAAAUAUUAAAAAUUAGAUCCCACAUCAUCAUCUUCUUCCAAGUUCCUUAUUCCUGGCAUCAUCCGUUUUCCUCUUGCAAAUCUCUUGUUUUUCCCAUCACUUUCUUUCUCUCAUACUCAUCUCAAAUCUCACUCCAUUUCAAAUCUCAUAUGAUGACAUGGGACUCAACUUUUAAUCUUUUGUUGAUGUAUCAUGCUAACUUAGAUUCGUUUCGUUAUUUCAUUUCAAUGCUUUGUCCCAUAUAUCAUUAUUCUUUCCAAAAUUGUCAAUGGAAUAAAAAAGCAUCUAGAUCUAGGAAGAGUAUUUCUAUUGUAAUUCAUGGGCUAGACUUGAAGUCCAUAUCCUAAGCUGCAAGCUAAUGUAGACA